AUUUUGUUCUAAGAGAUCCUGAAGUGAGUUGAAUGUUUGAUCCGACUGAAAACGAGAAACAAAGGUGAGAACUAGGUCUGUUAACAGUAAGAAUGGCAGAAUCUCAAGCACCAAAAGAUACCUCUACAUUGAAUAGAAUUCCAAGUUGUGAUGCAUAUUUUCAAACAAUUCAAUCAAGGAAGAAAUUGCCAUUCACAUUUCAACAAUCUUUAACUUCUGCAUUUGAAAAGAUUCCUGUUUCUUCUUUCCCAAAUGUUCCUAAUGGACAAGUGAUUGAAAUUCAAGCAGAUACAACAAUUGCUGAAGCAGUUAGGGUUCUUUCUGAGUACAACAUUAUGUCCGCCCCUGUGAGAAAUCCUGAUGCGGGAUCUAGUAUGGAUUGGCGAGAUAGAUAUAUAGGAAUUAUAGAUUACUCAGCAAUUAUUCUUUGGGUGUUGGAGAAUGCGGAACUAGCCGCAAUUGCUUUAUCAACAGGCACCGCAACAGCCGCUGGUGUUGGUGCAGGGGCAGUUGGUGCUCUUGGAGCAGUAGCCUUGGGUGCAACUGGUCCAGUUGCAGUUGCAGGGUUAGCAGUUGCUGCCGUUGGUGCAGCUGUUGCUGGUGGUAUGGCUGCAGAUAAGGGAGCGGGAAAAGAUGCUCCUUCUGCUGCUGGCGCCUUGGGUGAAGAUUUUUACAAAGUUAUCCUUCAAGAAGAACCUUUUCGAUCAACUACUGUGAGACAAAUAACGAAAUCUUUCCGUUGGGCUCCUUUUCUCCCUGUUUCAACAGAGAGUUCAAUGUUGAGUGUGUUGUUGCUACUCUCAAAAUAUAGGUUGAGGAGUGUACCUGUGAUUGAAGCGGGCAGUCCUCUUAUAAAGAAUUUCAUUACACAAUCAGCAGUAGUGCAGGGUCUUGAGCACUGCAAAGGAAGGGACUGGUUUGACUGCAUUGCUGCUCGUCCACUUGAAGACUUUGGACUUCCUUUUAUGCCUCAAAGUGAAGUUAUCAGCAUCAAAAGUGACGAGCUGAUUCUUGAAGCCUUCAAGCGAAUGAAAGACAAUCAUAUUGGUGGCUUGCCAGUUAUAGAAGGCCCCAAUAAGCAGAUCAUUGGGAAUGUCAGCAUAAGAGAUAUAAGAUUCUUGUUGCUAAAACCUGAACUUUUCUCCAAUUUCAGGCAGCUAACUGUGAUACAGUUCAUCAAUACAAUUACUUCAAUGGCAGAGGAACCAGGCAAAAUUACUCCUCCCAUAACGUGCAAGCCUGGUUCAUCUCUAGGAAGUGUCAUCAACACUCUUGCUUCCAAAAAGGUUCAUAGGGUUUAUGUGGCCGGUGAGAACAACAGCGGUAUAGGAGUCAUUACGCUUAGAGAUGUUAUAUCUUGCUUUAUCUAUGAGCCGCCAAAUUUUUUCGAUGACUACUUUGGGUAUGCUGCAAAAGAAAUGUUGAAAGAAUGAUGCAACUUAGGUUUUUAAUAAUCACUUAAAAAUAAUGUACUGGAGGGCUGAACUUCAGGUCUCUCAGCUAAACCUGGUUUUGUACUCAUCAACUGUGCUAAACCUGGUUUUGUACUCAUCAACUAUGUAAAUGUAAUUUUGGGGCUGUUAUUUCCUGUCCCCUGAAUCUUAGUUAUGCGAAAUAUUCAGUUCUGCUC